AUGAGUUCCAAAAGUGGUCGAAAUACUUUACGGAUGCCUUCCCUGAUAAUCCAAAAGAGGCCGCUGGUUAUAUGGUGUCGAUAUUGGCAACAAAAACACGAGGUCCAAUUGGUCGAGUCCAUUCCCAAAACCAAAGUUGUCGACGGCAAAUUAGCUGUUGGUGAUCUAUUCGAAGUCGCGCUGAUAAACUAUCUCGUCAUUGCUAAGGGUAAUGAGAAAUCCGAGCUGUUUGCUGAUCGUCUUGAAGAAUCACUGCUGAAGCUUAUUGGAAAACUGAAGGCAGACGACAGCUCAAGGUUAAUUAGUGAGCGACUAGAAAGCAGAGUCCGUGGUGCUGGCAUCAGCAAAAACAAAGAGAGACUUGUUAAUGUACAACCAGUGCAGAAUUUGUCCUCUCAACCAAAGGUAAUUAUCAAGCCGUAUAAUCCGUUGAUUUUCAACCUUAACCAACAUGAAAAAGCAGCAUUUCGUUUGUUAAAGGAUGUCGGACUUGACAAAGUGGACACGGAUAUCUUCAACAGCCAAAAGUUCAGAGUCUGGUCGAACCAAAUUAAGUCUCACUUCCCAUUUGAAAAAGACGAAGGUGCUAGUAUCAUGUUGACGACAUUGGCGAAACUUUACUUGGAAAAACUGGCCAAGUCCAUUCCGACUACUGAGCUCAAAGACGGCAAAUUGUCUUUUGGCGAUCACUUUGAAGUCGCACUUAAGAACUAUAUCGCCAAUGCUAAGGGAAAUGCAGAGUUUGAUCCUAUUGCUGAUCGUCUUGAAGAAGCACUGCUUGCUCUCAUUGUACGACUGAAGGAAGACGAGGAGUCAAAGACCAUUGCUGAUCGAUUAGAACAUUUAGACAAUGGUGAUCUCAUCAGCAACAGCAAGAAAAAAGUGGGUAACGUUGAUAAUGUACAACCAGUGCAGACAUUUUCUUCUCAACACAAGGUUAUAAGCAAGCCAGUUAUUUCGUUGACUCCCGGUCUAAGCUAUAACGAGGCUUCAGCUUUUGCACUUCUCAAGAAUGUCGGACUUGACAAGGUAGAGACGGACAUUUUCAACAGCGACCAGUUCCAAAAGUGGUUGGAACAAAUGGAGAUAAUGUUCUCCAGACCAGAAAAAAGGGCUGAAGUUAUGUUGACGACAUUGGCGAAAUCUGACAAUAAAAAAUUCGUGGCCUCCAUUCCAACUACUAAGUUUGAAGACGACAAAUUGGCUUUUGGCGAUCACUUUAAAGAAGCACUGAUGGACUUCAUCGCCAAAGGUGCGGAUGUUGAGUAUGUAAAAGAUUCUUACAAAUCUCUUAAAAAAUCAGUGCUCGAACUCAUCAAUAAUUUGAAGAGUGGGGAGCAUUCUUCGUUUGGUGAGAUUUUAGAAGGUGAAUUUCUUUUUACUCAGCUCAGCAAGAACAUGGAAGGUCUUUUUGACAUUCUUGACGAUUUGAGCGUGCAGAAAUGGUAUUUUUCCAUGGAAACAAAAAAUAGAAAAGAAGCCUUAGAAGUCCUAGACCGCAGGUUGAAACUGCAAAAGAUCAACAGCAAACGAAUUGGUGAAGUGAUCGGCCAAGAUCGUGACAAUUUCACGAAAAAUGUUUUCAAUGAUUUGGUAGUAUACAAGCGUUGGUCACAAUUUGAUAUGUCACAGUUAUAG